GGGGAGGGGGGGUGCGAGAAAUAUAUCGUGAUGAGCCGGACUACUUUUUCAUUCGCCCUCAUGUCACGGACACAGUUAGAUCGACAUUUUUCCGCUCUGUGGGUACCGCCAGUGUGAUGGAAUAGUUUGCGGCCUAACGGCUUUGCACCGUAAGGUGCCCGCACCUUCAAUCAUCAAAAUGGAGUUUUCAGGCUUUUACGCCUCUUCGCCUGCCCGCGCAUCAGCAAGACUAAACCUUGUGGACCAUUCUCAUCAGACCAGUACGUCAACCUAUUCAUCCAAAUCGGUAGCCCCAAACGCCAAGCAUGGACGCCAAUUGGGACCUCGAUUCGCUUGCGGAGCUUUGCUGCUCCAAGCUUAUCCAAGAUGGUGGGCUGUACGCAUUUGAAGAUGCAGGCAACCUAGACUGGCUGGACGAAAAGGUGGACUUGUCCGCCUGGACCCAGCUGGACUUCCCUGAUGACCUGACCCCAGUGAUGUUGGAGGCCAGUGACUUCCAGGCGGCCGUCCAACCUGAUCAGUCCAGCAACUGCAGCACGGCCCCCAAAGCCGGCGGCUAUUGGGAGAGCCAAGCUGCGUCCCCCUAUUCUCCCGAAUUCCUCUCCCCUCCCCUUUCGCCGACUCACUCUCCCCCGACGCCCACCGCAGUUGUCCCAAACGUCGACAUCUUCAUCAACUUCGAUGGCCACCACCUUCACAACGGCGGAGCGAGCAUUCCAGGCCGUGCCGAGGACAUCGACGCAGCUUCGAGUUCCCUUUCACCUCCGUCGACCCCGUCGCACUCGGGCGUCCCGCCCGCGUCAACGGUCAUAGAAGUUCCGUACACCAUUGCAUCGGCUCCGGCUUCGCCGUCUUACUUCGCAGCCUACAACAUUUCUACCGGUUCCCCGGUCGCGAUUUCGGAGACCUUCGUUGCGACUUGCGCAUCCCCUGUCCCGUCGGUGGAAGAAGAGAUACUCGGUAACAUCAAAUCUGAGCCAUCAUCGCCGACCAGUCAGGUUGAGUGUCCGAUCGAGUGCAUCGUAUCCGUCGGCUCCCCGGUUACGAGCACUUGCCCGAGUUUCCCGGGCGUCGACAACGCCGACCUUCUUUCCCCAGUCGAGCCAAGCUCACCAGAAAGCUGCGUCACGGCGCCUUCACCUGGCCCCGAACUGUUCGCCGAGAGCCUCUCGCCACGUGCGAGUGCAGACCAUGAAGACGAUGGCCGUGUCGACGAUCCCAUGGACGCCGACUUCACACCCGAAGCCAACGGGUCCGAUUCGGAGUCUUCGCUCGACUCCGUGGCCGAGGAGCCGCCUCGCAAGAGGAAGCGGGUGGUCAAGCGACGGCCCCGGGCGAAGGCGGAUGUGAGCAACCGCAAAGAAAGGAAGCGCCUCCAGAACAAGGACGCCGCGACGCGGUACCGACAGAAAAAGAAGCAAGAGGUGGGCAAGGUCGAGGAAGAGCUCGAAAAGCUCACUGCAACGAAUGUCAGCCUCCAGUCGGAGGCGCAACGCAUCACCAAUGAAAUUUCUUAUCUCAAGGGCCUGAUGCGAGAGCUCUUCAGAGCAAAGGGGCUCAUCAAGUAGAGCUGUGCGCACUUCGAAAUCUGCACAUGAAGUGCGUUUAUUUAAAAAAUGCUCGCCGAGAUGUCUCUUUUGGCACGAACACCACCAACGUAAGACGGCAGGUGGCAGCAAAGGUCUCGCACAGUAUAGGCUAAUUUCUGCUGGUUGCAGCUGACCACACUAAUGCAGCUGCUAGUUGCGUUCGGUCAAGGCGCUGGAAUCGGAAGCUUGUCUGAAGAACUAACUCGAGUGUUAACGUUACUACUUUGCGACCAAUUGGAAAUCGGUGACGAUUAAUGAAAAGCUGAAUAAAAUGAAAUUGAAAUUAUUACAUUGUAUGUGGCAGCUCCUAUGGAAAUUUAGCGUGGUCACUGUCACGCUAAUGUAAAUUGGUGGCUGCUCUCUGCAGUUGUUGUAUUUUGUAGCUGAUCAGUUGUGCUUGUAAUGCACAAGCUCUUGUCACAGCUUUCCAAAUGUGUAUUUUUUGGCUUUGACGUGGUAGAUGACGAAGUUGUACGUUUGUGUUUCGGCUGUUGGGCACCGUAUGACUUUCUUUGUUUACAUACACCCAUGAUGUACUCGACAUAUUAUUUUACACAUCUCAUCCCUGUCUUUUUUUCUUCUUUUUCUCAGGAUGUCAUAUUUAUGUACCAACCAUGUUAUGUGCGUGUU